AUGGUUUGUCUGAACAUCAGUCCGGUAGUGGCACUAAUCGACGAGAGAAUCUCCAUCACUGUCACUGGUAUUCAUCCACUGCAGAGAGUGACGGUCCAGGCAUGGGCGGAAGAAGGAAAGGCAGUGUUCAGCUCAUGUGCACAUUUCAUAGCAGACCAACAAGGACAGGUCGAUAUUACCCGACUUGCUUCUUUGGGAGGAACAUACAGAGGUGUUGACAGUAUGGGUCUGUUCUGGAGUCUCACCCCUGUUCCAGGGGUGUCAGAGAGCCCUCUUCUCAGAAAAGUUGAUGUGACGACCCCUCUGGUCUUCAAACUGACCGUCAGAGAUCAACACAUCCCCUUUGCUGACCUUCAGCUUCCUGCGACAAUCCUGCUGGCGACAGGCGAGGUAGAACGCUGGUAUAAACAUAUGACUGUGAGUAGGAUCGUCGUGCGGGAAGAUUCCCUCAGAGGAGCUCUAUUCUUGCCCGCAGGUGAAGGGCCUUUUCCUGGAGUGAUAGACAUGUUUGGUGGUGGAGGAAUGGUUGAGUUUCGUGCUGCAUUGUUGGCUUCUAAGGGUUUUGCUGUCUUUGCUCUUGCCUACUUUGGAUACGAUGAUCUUCCAAACUCAGUGUCUGACCUUGACGUUGAUUACUUUCUUAAUGCUGUUGACUGGAUGGCAUCCCAUCCGUGUGUACGGACUGGAGGUAUCGGUGUGGUAGGUGUCUCUAAGGGAGGUCAACUAGCCUUCUUGCUUGGCAUGGCCACUGAUAAGGUAAGCAUGGUUUAUCAGUUAGACGCCAGGAAAUUCAAAUAUACUGAUGAAGGUGUUCAUCUUAAAGAUGCAUUGGUCUGUGACACGGAAAUAAUUCCUGUUAAGAAAGAGAAGAAUAUUGAGCUUGUCGUCUAUCCAGGAGCAGGUCACCUUAUUGAGCCACCAUAUAUGCCUGUGUGUAGAGCGAUGUACUUAAAAGUAGCAGACUUCAUAUUUGAGGGCAUCCUGAGGAUCACGCUGCAGCACACGAGGAUACCUGGAGAAGACUUUCCCACAUCCCCCACAAACGCAUUGGAUCUGCUCUUCGGUAGUCAGAUCGUCAGAAUCUGA